AGCCGCCCCCGCCGGGGGACCCCGCGCAUCCCCGCCCGACCCGCCGCUGCCUCGGGCGCGCCGGGACCGGGCAGCGGGAGGAGCAGCGGGGAAAGCACGGGAGCCUCCUCAUCCGCUUCCUUCUGUCCGCGUGCGGCGGGGGCAGGCGCAGCAUCCUGGAGAGCGGGAGGCCGGGAACAAAGGCUCCGCGCCAGCACCGGCGGCUCCACCUGCCCUGCCCAGCGGAGAUGGCGUCCCUCGGCUUAGGGGGGCUCAACGUCUCCGCCCGGAGGAAGAGCGUCCCGUCCCGCAACGCCGCGGUGGAGAGGCGGAACUUGAUCACUGUGUGCAGGUGAGCCCCGGGCCGGGGCCCUGCCCCGCCCGAGGGACCCGUUCCCGCUCGCUCCCGCCGCAGCCCGCGGGGCCCGUCCCGCCCCCGCUCCGCACAGGUUUUCAGUCAAGACUCUGAUUGACCGUUCCUGUUUUGAAACUAUCGACGAUACUUCCCCUGAAUUUAAUAAUUUUGCAGCCAUUCUGGAACAGAUUCUAAGUCAUCGACUGAAAGGUCAGAUCACCUGGUUCGGCUAUGAAAGCCCUCGUAGUUUCUGGGACUACAUUCGCGUAGCUUGCCGAAAAGUCUCUCACAAUUGCAUCUGCAGUAUUGAGAACAUGGAGAAUGUCGGUUCUUCUAGAGCUAAGGGUCGAGCAUGGAUAAGAGUAGCACUUAUGGAAAAACAUUUGUCUGAAUACAUUUCCACAGCUCUGAGAGACUUCAAAACAACCAGGAGGUUUUAUGAAGAUGGAGCAAUUGUUCUUGGUGAAGAAGCAAAUAUGCUUGCUGGUAUGCUGUUGGGACUCAAUGCAAUUGAUUUCAGUUUUUGUCUGAAGGGUGAGGGAUUGGAUGGAAGCUAUCCAGCUGUCAUAGAUUAUACACCAUACUUGAAGUUCACCCAAAGUUCUGACAGUAUCAGCAGUGAUGAAGAAGAGCUAAGAACACUGGGCAGUAGUGGCAGUGAAGGCAGUACUCCAGAGAACAUUGGUCCUCCUUUCAUCACAGAUGAAAACAGUUGGUACAACAAAUGCAAAAGGGUAGAACAGAAGUACCGGCUUGCAUUGGAACAGAAGGGUUAUCUUGAAGAAUUGAUACGACUCAGAGAAAACCAGCUGUCUGAAUCUGUCUCACAAAAUAAACUCCUGUUACAAAGAAUUGAAGAUAUGGAUCUAGCCCAUAAAAUGGAGAAGGAGCAACUGGAAUAUAUCAUUGUGGAACUGCAAGACCAGUUAACUGUGCUAAAGAAUAAUGACUUGAGAUCAAGACAAGAAUUAACUACUCACCUCACCAAUCAGUGGCCUUCCCCAGGAGCUCUGGAUGUCAAUGCUGUUGCCUUGGACACUCUACUCUAUAGAAAGCACAAUCAACAGUGGGACGAGAAAAGUUUUCAAAGUCUGGACCAACUUUCAGCAGAAGUUAGUCUUUCUCAGUCCUCUCUGGAUCCAGGUCACUCACAGGAUGGGAAGCAAGAUGGAAUUAACUUGUUAAAUGAAGGAAAGGAAGACACUCCAUCAUUGCUUGGUCUUUGUGGCUCUCUGACAUCAGUAGCAAGCUACAAGUCUCUCACAAGUCUGAAAUCAAGUGAAUACCUUGCAAGUCCCACAACAGAGAUGACAAGUCCAGGCUUAACACCAUCUUGAGAUGCACACAAGAAGGAAGACCUUUAUGUUGUAUGCAUUUGAUUUAUGUUCCAUAAGAUGACUUGCAGUGAAGACUGCUAGUUCUGAGUUAAAAAAUAAGCUGCUUUAUUUUUUAUUGUCAUGGAUGCCUUUAUAAUUCACAAAUUUGAUCAGUUUUCAUUUGCUUUUUCUUUCCCCCAGAGGACUUUUCAGAUACUCUCUUUUAGUCUGGAAUUAUUUAAAUCUCUUGUUCAGGUACAGAAUGUAUUAUCUGAUGUUUAUGACUGGUUUUUAAAAUGAAACAGUUGGAAAUCAGUCCCAUACUUAAAUGCCAUCAGCUUUGUUUCUCCUUGCCCUAGGCUGGAUCGGCUCUAGCCACUGUACUUUGCAGUGCUUUAAAUAUUUAUCAACUCCUGCAGAAGAGACAGGGAAUCCUGAACACCAGUCUUUGUAGGCAAAUAAAUACCUAAAAAUCCAGCUUUUCAUCUGUGUAUGUUGCUUAGGACCUCAGAUAGCAUAUUUAACCUAUCAACAGCUUCUCUCAAGUUGACUCCAUGUUAGGUUUUGCAUUCCUGUUAAUAUCAUGGCACUUAGGAGAUGUCCCAGUCACACUGAAACACAAACACUUGAAAUUGCAUGUGAAUAACAAAUGUAACUUGAUCAUAUAAAUCAAGCAUACACAGAGAUUUGUAAAUGGUGAGCAAACUCACUAAAUGCUUUUAAGUGGCCUGGGUUACAGAUAAACUAACAUUAUACAAAAAGUUUCUUGCUGAAAAGAUGGGGGCUAUGGAUGAUGGUGGUAAGCAUCUUGCAAAGUUUGGAUUCUGUGUUUGCUGGCAAGAUCCCAAGGAGAGUGAAAAAGGGGAAACAAUGUAAUGACUGUAUUAAAGUGUGUUAAAGGACUUUUCUCAUCCCUGUAGUAGUGCAAUAGGUAUUUUUCUUGCUUAGGUAAUACAGCAGAAAUUCUCUAAGUCAGUUUUCUCAAAUUAUUUGCCGUUGAUUUAAAUUGCUGAUACGAAAAAAAAGGGAGACAUUUUUUAAAAUGUAACUAACUUUCCAGAUUACCCUACAGUUUCAAAGUUUGCAAAAUAAUUUUUGAAUUGCAAACUAUAUUCUUAAUUCUUUGUAAGAUACAAUGGAUCCUUUAUCUAUGAAUUUUGGUAAUCAAGGUAAUGCUUAUCAGUAUGAUUAGUAAUUUUUAAACAAAAGUGAAAUGCAUGUAAGUAUGUUGUAUUUAUAAGUGCUAGGGAAAAUGCUUUUUUGUGCCAAAGAAGUUUCAUAAAUUGUUUACAUGAGUAGCUGCAAUACAAGACAGAUUUUUAAUUAUUGCUUACUCCUAGGUGUUUACAGUAUGUCACUACAUCUGUACAGGUUUAGUUGAUUUGCCUCUUGUGAUGAUACCUUGGCACUGCUACUUUAAACUGGUCACCAUAGGGUGGGCUUGAAAGAAAGAAGAUUAAUUCUUACUUUAACUGAAAUAUUUAGUCUUUGUAAGUAGGAGGCUAUGCAUUUCUGGAACUCAAGGCAUUGCUGGUUUUAGCUGGAGGAAAAGAAUCCAUCUCCUCAACUCUCUAGUCCAUGCUGCUGGAGGACACUACUCCCAUGGCAGGGUACACAACCAGUGAUGCUAUUUUAAUGCAGAAUUUUAAGGUAGUUUAACAAAACCACCAGGUCUUUCAAGCCCUUGUGUACUCACACAGGUAAUUUCUCUGUAGUAAAUUCUGACCAUUAAAUCCUUUCAUGCACCUUCAGAAUGUCCAUUACUUCAUGGAACUUCUUUUGUUAUCACAUUAAGCACCUGUUUCUUGAGUAACAUUAUUAAAUAUAAAUUUGUAAAUUAGAGAUACAUUUUUACUACAAAUAAAAUGCUGGAAUCCAGAUUCCACAAGUUGACAUUCUGCAUCAAUGUACAGUGAUUUAAUCAGUCCUGUUUGCUGUUAAAUACUUUUCAUGCCACAUCAGUGUUUUGGAGGGGGCAGUCAUCAUGAUCUUCAGUCAUGUUCGCUGAUGGCUCUUUUCUUAGAGCUAAAUGUGUUGUUUAGCUCAAGUCUUUUAUGUAGUCUGACACGUGUUUCUGGGUGUCAUUUUGUGCAUGGGCAAUCAGUUAUGUGCAUCUUUCUCAGUUCUAAACAUUUACCAUUUUUUUGAAAAGAAUUUUAAACCGCCAAAACUGUAUGUUUUGUUGCC